GCCACGAAGCUUCUAUUGUAUUUAAAUUUAUUAUUUUUUUUUUCAAGAUUUCAAUUUGACCAAACUUUUAGCUUGGAUCUGGUCUUCUCACCCCACCAUUAAAUGAUUAAAUGGGUCUAAAUUUCUUUAUAUGAAUCCUCAUUUUUCUUCUCCAUUUUGCGCACAUUCCAAUCCCCAAACCCCUUCUUCCAGACGGCAGCUCUGUUCAUAAAAAGGUCAACUUUUGUUUCUUCCCCAUCAGUAAUGGCUCACGAAUCAUUGGCCCCAAAUGGCAGCAGCCCCAAUUCCACUCCCAGAAGGUCCAGAAACAAGAAGAAUCCUUACUCCGACCGUGGCCUCGACAAAUUCUCUGCCUUGUUAACAAAUCUUGAAGAAAAAAGGAAGAAAAUUUACUCCCAAACCGACCCAGAAAACAUAGUUAUGGUUCGUUUUGCUUACAAGAAUUCAGAUGAGUGCGUUCCAGUGGUGGUGAAGCAGAAGGACAAGAAAGAAGAGAAGCAGAGUGAUGUUUCAGAGACCAAACGAUCGACAAUCCAGAAGCCGGCCGACAAGAAGAGCAUCGUACAGUCGAGAAAUUUAAGGAGAUUAUUGAGCAAACCGUGUUGUUAUAUUACAGCCAUGGUGAUUUUGAUUCUGUUUCUGUUGAGUGUGUUUGGGAAAUCGGUGACCAUCCUCUGCACUUGUGUUCUUUGGUAUUUGGUCCCUGUUUUGAAACAGAGCUCUAAGAGAAAGGAGUAUAGAAGAAUUUUGACUGCAAAAAAGAUGAACCCAGAUGCCUCUUCUGCUCUUUCUUCUCCAAUUCGAGGCCAUCGGAAAAGCUUUUGAAGAAUGAAGAUCAAUUCAAAGGGCAAACAAAAAAUUUGAUCUUUUGGGUGUUUCUUGAUUUCUUACUCUUUUUUUUUUCCUCCUUGAUCUUUGAUGGGGUUCGAGCUGAAUGACCAUGAAUGUAAAUUAAUUAGAUGGGUAAUUAGGGGAGUUGGGUUGAUCAGAAGUUAAAUGCUACUAAUUAAACUUCUUAAUUUGUGGAUUAAUGAUGCUUCUACCAAAUGGAAGGUUUGGGGUUUUCAGUUAUAGCAUAGGUUAGGAGUGUUGAUAUUUUCAAGGUGGUUGGUUACUUUGUAAUUAAUGGCGAAUGCAUUUAAGACAAAAACAAAUUGCAUCCGUUCUUUGCUUCUUA